AGAACAUGAGUAUAAAAGUAUCCAGUGAUAUCGGAUAGUAGUGGUCAAGGUCACGGUUAAGCAACUAAAUUCUAUAACCCACAUAUUGUUGGAACUUUGACCAUUCGUUGGCGAUUAUCUAAUUUUGUUGGUUAAUACAUAUGGGAACUCGUCCGGUGUGAAAUUCGUCAGUUCGGCGACCGCAAUUUCACUUUCGUGAGGCGCUUUCUCGUUUUGUCACUUUCGAAAAAUUCAUUACUUGUGUGAAUCAAACCCGUUUUCGUUUGUUGCAAAUUCCAUUAAAAAGUGUUAAAUAAUUUUCGGGAACCGUGCAUGGUAUUUUGUUUCACGUUAAAUGGAUUUUGAUCAAAAAAUAUGGUGUAUACCGAGGCAUAUUUGAAGGAGAAGCUGACCAAGGAUUUGGACGCCGUUCACGUCGAGGUGACGGAUGAUAGUGACGGCUGUGGCGCGAAGUUUACUGUUCUGAUCGUGUCUGACAAGUUCCAAGGGAAGCCGUUACUUGCCAGGCAUAGAUUGGUGAACACAGUACUUCAGGAAGAACUGAAGAGCAUACACGCAUUUACGCAAAAGACGCUCACGGUUGAACAGUGGAACGCGCAAAAGUCUUGAAAUGUAAUUUGGAAAUAAUAAUGAAGUAGAACAAAAUUUAUAUGUUGUUUUUAUUAGAUCCUUGCGUGUAAAAAGACUUGUUAAAAAUGUUGAACGGAAUUGAUAAUUUGUACACUGUCAGUGUAUCGGCUCCCGGUAAGGUGAUCCUCCAUGGAGAGCAUUCGGUAGUGUACGGGAAGACAGCGGUCGCCGUCAGUCUAGGACUGAGGAGCUCUAUUGUUAUAAAGGAAGUAAACUACCAUGUGGAACCGACGAUAAGGAUUCAUUUGCCAUGCGUUGGACUAGAAGAGACCCUACCACUAGAACCCACAGUAAAAAGCCUGUUCCAUCCAAAGCUAGCUCCAGGCAUCACAGGCAAAUUCUCCUGGAGAUUGCCAGACAAAAUAGACCAUGACAGUCACUUAAGAAGAGUAGACGAGUUCCUACAUUUAAUUAAACCAAACUUCGAUGCCCUACAAAACAACCAAAAGAACUCACUACGAAGUUUCCUCUACGUUUUUUCUGGAAUUUUCGGGAGUACAAACCUUCCUGUUAAGUCCAUGGAGAUCUCUUUAGGCUCUGAACUGACUAUUGGAGCGGGAACUGGCAGUUCAGCGUCCUUUGCCGUCUGCCUAGCUGGUGCUCUCAUCCAACUGCUUAAAUUAAAGAGCUCGACUGGUUUCGACGCUUUUUAUGAUCAAACCAGUGAAGACUUUAGUAUGAACGAAAGAGAGAUCAUAUCGGAAUGGGCGUACAACUGCGAGAGGAUAAUGCAUGGGUCACCUUCAGGUAUAGACAACGCAACAUGCACUUUCGGUUCCUUGGUGUCGUUCAAGAAAGGCAGUAAGCCUCGUCAUUUAGACAUUAAGAUGGACCUUAGGGUCCUACUGGUGGACUCGCGGGUCUCCAGGGAGACCAGAGCUCUGGUCGUGAAGGUUGCAGCCUUGAGGCAGAGGAACACAGCGGCCGUCGACCAUAUACUUGAUGCCUGUGAUCAUGUCGCGCACACAGCCACGCAGGUUUUGGAAAAACUCUCCAGUGGCAAGUGUGAAAUAGACUACGAUGCUGAAUAUCAGCAUUUAGCAGAACUGUGGGACAUGAACCACUGUCUGCUGUCGGCCCUGGGUGUGUCACACCCGGCUCUCGAGGCGAUACGGGGCGCCGCACGCGCUAAGGGACUCGCCUGCAAGCUUACCGGAGCUGGAGGGGGCGGAUAUGCGAUGGUAUUGAUACCUCCAUCGACACCGCGUUCCGUGGUAGACUCCCUUUGCGGUCAACUCUUGGAGAACGGUUUCCGUGUGAAAGAGACCCGGCUGGGCGGGCCCGGCGUCUCCAUCGAGAUGUGACGACGAGCGCCCGGCAAACGCCCGCGUCUCUCAUAGCCACGGUCCCAACAUCCAUGCUACAUUAUUUAAAUCAAAACAAACAAGUGUCGCACGACAGUUGCGCAACUAUCGCGCGACUUUCUCUUGCCACACUUGCUUAUUCUGACUACAAAUAAUUAGUAAACACGUGGGUACUAGGAGUUUUAGUGUUUAUAAAGACAGUUUUAUAAAAUAAUUGCGUCAAGUGAUGAACUGUCUUUGGACGGGGGAGGGAUAUGGUCUGUGUCGAAUUAUGUACCUGGGUACGUUAAAUGUAGUCAAUACAACUACAGUAUUAAUGGAUGGGCAGCGUUAGUUCGGGAUUUGGUAUUGGUGUCCGAUAAGUGCAAUGUUGAGUGACUGGAAAACCUCAUGAUGUAAUCUCUUUUGUAGAUUCAAAUGAUUAUAAUCUUUGAAUCAAUGAAAAGGCUAUUCUAAUAGAAUUAAUAUUUAAUUCAAUGCUGAGUUUACAAACUCGAAAUGUUGAGAAUGAAGUGUACAGUGGAUGAAUGGCAUGUCUCCCCGAUAACAUUUUCUAUUGGGAAGCACAUGUACUAUAUUUACGGUCAUAAAAAGGUCUGUGAAAACUAUUUGUAUAGUAUUUUCUACCUCGGAAACUUCUUUAGGGUCUUUGUAUAAUUAUACGUCGCCAAAGUUGCGCCACUGUUGUGCCACUACUAUAGUAACCUGGGCAACUGUUGCGCAACUUUACGGCUACAAAAGACAUCUACAAAGGCUUGCCAUCUUGCAUUUGAUCUUCUCACAAGAUUCAAGCUAUUAUAUGUCUUAUAGACAGUACUUUUAUGUAAUACCUAUGAACUGGUUGUAUUUAUAUGUUAAAACAGUACAAUGCGUAAUUAUUAUAUGAAUACGUCAGAAUUGUCACUGCAAAUAUAAUUUGAAAUAUUUUACACCAGUGAAUCUAUGAUAUUUAUUAUUUAAUGAUUUUUCCUAUAAUUUGGAUGUCAGGGUUUUGCCCGGUACGAAUUUAAAGUAUCAAAAAAAUAAAUGAAAAGAUGCAUGUCUUGUAAAUGCAUGUUAUGUAAAAAGGAAUGUAACAUAUUGCAUGUUUAAUAGAAAAAAGAAAAUAACGGAUUGAAGAGGGUAUUUCUAAAUUGAACCUUCUUGUUGUAAACAUAGUUUUUAAGAUUCAAAUACCUGCUUGCUUGAGUUAGGACUAUUUUCUAUUGAGCAUGCGUAAGAUGUGGUGGUUUGAUUCCCACAAGUGAAUCGCGCAUUUCCCAGUUCGUGACAAUUUUGACUCAACGUCGAAAUAAUUCAGUUCCAAUAUUUAAUUUAAUUAUGUUUUUAAAUGAUAUUGUCAUAUUUAUUAUAGAAUAAUAAUAAUAAUUAUUAUUAUAUUAUUAGUUUAAUUUCUCUAUAGCGUACCCACCUUUUUUCUUCAUAAUUUAUUACGGGUGUUUUUGUUAAUGGUUUUUUGUGGCCUCAAAUCUCUUUACCACAAAAGUCUAUCUCUUAUUAUGUGAAGGUGAUAAGACAGGAUCUCUCUUCUCACCCUUCAAUAGCGCUUACGCAUAAUUGUGGAAAUUGGU